AUGGUACGACGGUUGAGAAAAACGAAAAAAGGUCAGAAAUAUGAUUACUCUCGCAACCGAAAGCGAAUGGCACAGAAAAGCCGUCGUAAUGGAACCAUCCGAUGUGCUGAAAUACGAGCCGCAUACGACAAAUCAAAGCUGCCAACCAGAAACAUCCGCGAAAUGGGUCUCGCGUACGACGCGAACCGUGCCAUUCCUAUUCCAAAUGUGAGAAAGCAAAUGAAGGAUAUGGAAAAGGCACUGUCCGAAGGGAAACUGACCACCAAGCAGCGUCCGCCACAGCCAGCACCGAAACAACACGUCGCCGACGAGCUCGAACAACAGGCGAACGAAUUUCGCGGCACCCGUUUCCGGAUGGCACGGUCGAUGGUGCGCAUCAUAACGAGGAUGAUAGAUCGGCACGGAUUCAACUACCAGGCAAUGGCGCGGGAUCGGACCAACUAUGAGCAGGAAACGUGGCGACAGUACCGUACCAAGGUUCGUCGGUUUUUACGCAUUCCGGAACAGUGCACACCAUACCUGGAGCAGAAGGGUUGGAUCGACUGCGAUAUGAGCGAUCCGAAUGAUCCACGGUGGAAGGAGUUUUGUACCGAUGAUGAAUCGUAGUGG